UAUUUUUAAAAUACGGAAAAUAAAUUUUUUUAUAUUAUAUAUUAAAAAAAAGACACACAUACGCGAUUACAUGCCUAUGCAAAUUCAUAUACACGCUGCUAUUUAUUACAUAUAAAAAUACAAGCACAACAUAAAUUUUAACGACGACAAUUAUAUAAGUACGUAAAGUAAUGAAUUUGCAUUGAAUAUGAGAUUGUAAAGAACAAGUGUACAGUAAAAGGACGUCAUAACCUAAUAUAUUAGUGCAUUCAUCAUGGAUUAUUUGGAUUACGCUUGGAUUGUAUGGUCCUACAUACCCUACAUGUUAUAUGCAUUCGUUUUCUUUACACUUGUGCCGAAAUCAAUUCGCAGAAUCGUUGAAUUUGCUAAUGCCAAUUAUGAAGCUAAUCGUCAUAAAUAUCAUCGUUGCUAUGCACCGGACAUAUGUUGUCAUUCCUUUGAUCCUGAAUUAUUGCCGAAACAGAAGCCACGUAAAACAGUUACUCGCAUUUAUCCAAAAAAGCAAUCGAUAAGCGAGCAGUCAUCGCCGUCGACGAAAAGGAACUCUGUUACCGAAGAAUCACCCAACAUAUAUAAAAGACAAGUUCACACGCAUACCAAUGUCAAUAAAAUAGCGAAAAUGUUCGAAAGCGGUGGAGUACAAAAGAAAAUUAAUCGUGUCACGCCUACCACUAUCUUAACAAAUGAUUUGCGUAAGCUGUCAGUUGAUACGGAAGAUAACGAUAAUUGCUUUAAGCGGGAGGAGAUUGCGAACGCAAGGAAAAGAAAAGAUAGUUACGUUAAACUGAACAAUGAGGAGCAUUUGAAAAAGCGCUUCUCUCAACUAUCCGAAGAUUUCGAGGAGAAUAAUGAGAACUCGGCUAACGUUCUAAAUCAAUUAACACGCAACGAUAGCAACGAGUUAUGGCAUCAAAAUUGGCGGAGUGAACCGAUAGCCGUGCAAAGACGUUCACGUAAUGUACCAAAUAAUUUAACAUUUGCGGGUACAUCGGCUACGCCGUCUACGGUCUCGCCGUCGCAAUUAUCACCGCUUUCUUCGCCGCCGUCAACGGACUCUCCGUUAACUAUGUCGCCGACACAACCAAAUGCCUCGUUACUCAAUGCCAUGCAAUCUAGUCUCGAAGAUAUAUUUGCUGCCAUAGCUCGAAACGCUGAAGAAACUGAAUGCUUCCUAUAUAAAGGUUGUCGCACACUAUCCCCGGUUACCUCCAUCGACGAUAUAUUGUCGCAGAGGCGUCUAUCGCGACCGCUAUCCGCUUAUUCAAUUAGCGAUUUAUUAAACGACGAGCCCAAUAGCAAUACAAGCGGUCUAACCGAGACAUAUGUAGAAAAUUUUUGUAAAAUUCUAAAUAAAACAUGAGUUAACUUGUAGACGCAUUUCGGCGGCGGCAGUUGCAGCAGUAUCGCAGCGUUCACCGAGUAUUUUAUAAUUUUAGCAAAUUUUUAUUUUUAUUUCGUACAUGUAUCUAUAAACAUACGCACACACACAUAUGU